CGGUACGCUGUUAUGUAUGGCUGCGCAUGCGCGAAUUCAUUGCGAUAAAGUGUCAUAAGUAGCAAAACUCGAGCGCUUUGACGCCUUCCGUUUCGCGCAACCUGCAGUGUUUCAAACCUUGCGCGCCCUCGCAGCUUUGAAAGCUCGGUCGGGUUUGAUUCGUGUCAUUACAGCCGCAUUAGCAUAGCAUUAGCUUCACCUUUCGUAUGAACGUUUGGGGGGUGGGAGUGACUGCUGGUCCGUGAGCGAGCAGCGUGUCCGGGGCUUUGCAUCCUGCGAAAAGUGCAACGGCGCUUGUGCGUGUUGUGCGUCUGCGAAGCGUUUUCCUCCGUUCGAGCAUGAAGCGAGGCAAGAAGGCAGAAGAGGCGACUGCAGAAGGGGACAAUGACGCCGCAGCAGAAAGUACUCCAAAGAAAGCCAAGAAAUCUAAGGAACCAGAAGCCCCCGUUUUGUACGAAGACCCCCCGGACAAAAUGACCAGCAAAGAUGGACGCGACGCCAACAUGAAGAUCACCUCCUGGAAUGUGGACGGACUGAGAGCUUGGGUGAAGAAGAACGGCCUGAGUUGGGUGCGUGAGGAGAAUCCAGACAUCCUGUGCCUGCAGGAGACCAAGUGCGCGGAGAAAAACCUGCCCGCUGACAUCACGUCCAUGCCCGAGUACCCGCACAAGUACUGGUGCGUGUCGGACGACAAGGGGGGCUACGGCGGCGUGGCCGUGCUUUGCAAAACGGAGCCCGUCAAAGUGACUUACGGCAUCGGUAAAGAGGAACACGACAAGGAAGGUCGCGUCAUCACCGCAGAGUUUCCCACCUUCUACCUGGUGACGGCCUACGUACCCAACGCCGGCAAAGGCCUGGUGCGCUUAGAUUACCGCAAGACCUGGGAUGUGGAUUUCCGCGCCUACUUGAGCGAGCUGGACGUGCAGAAGCCCCUCGUGCUGUGCGGCGACCUCAACGUCGCCCACCGGGAGAUCGACCUGAAGAACCCGAAGGGCAACAAGAAAAACGCCGGCUUCACCCCGGAGGAGCGCGAGGGCUUCGACCAGCUGCUGGAGGCCGGUUUCGUCGACAGCUUCCGCGAGCUCUACCCCGAGCGGGCCAACGCGUACACCUUCUGGACCUACAUGAUGAAUUCCAGGUCAAAGAACGUGGGCUGGCGGCUCGAUUAUUUUGUGCUGUCGUCAUCCCUGGUGCCCGCUCUGUGCGACAGCAAGAUCCGCAACAAAGCCGUGGGGAGCGACCACUGCCCUAUUACGCUGCACGUUGCCGUGUAGCCUUUAUGCACGUUCACUAGUAGCUUAGGUGCUAAGUUUAGAAAUGCCCUUUUGGCCUUUUUCUGUUCGUCACCCAAAUCCAAGCUAGAAAAACUCAAUUCCUCUU